AUGUCAGAGCAUAUAAUGUCAGUGGAUCAAACGCCGGAUUCGCAAAACAAGGAUGUCGAUGAUUUUUCACAAAACCUAGAUCACUCACCUGGUGAUUUGGACAAUAAUUCCGAAUCAUCGUCUAUACGGCCUUCGGAUAUACCAACAAAAGGGGCGUUUUCAAUACUCUGCGAAUUAUUAGAUGAGUGCAUAUUGGAUGUAGCCUUUGAAGCUCAUAGAGAAGCUAAAUUGGCUGCGUCUGUAUGCCAAUUAUGCAAAUCGGAGUGUCGAUCUUUUGUAACUCAACCGGGAUUGGAUAUCUUCGGAAAUCAUCCUCAGCAAGAUAAUUCGCCGACAUUUGAAUGUGUAAAUUGUCAACGCCCCUUUCCAUCAAAGCGUUAUGCUACACAUCUGGAAAAGUGUAUGGGUUUAGCGGGAAGAAGUUCAAGUCGUGUUGCGAACAUGAGAAUGGGAAGCGAGAGAAAUCCUUCAUCUCCAUACACUCCUACAUACUCUGAAGAUAAUUUAAAUCAAAGUGAUUCCGAUGGAGGUUUAUACAUCGAAAAAAAACGGAGGAAAUUAAACGAAAAAUCAAGAGGACAAUCUCCUGCCAAGUAUACAAAAUCAAAGAAACAAAAAUCGAUAAUUUCAGAUGCUGUGGAAACUACUUCAACAAUCUCGUCAAAGUUGAAACUACCAUUAAUGUUAUCAGUCAGCUCAGUUUCAACACCCAAUAGUCCAGAUCGAGGUAAUUCACCCAUCAAACGUUCAUUUUCUAUGAAUGAAAUGGAAUUUCCAGAUGAAUCAAAAGAUAUACAAUAUGGAUAUAAUAUUUCAUAUAACGGGAAUUUUGCAUCAGUGGAAGAUACUUCAACACAAUCGUCAUUUGCUGAUAAUGAUUAUAUUGACAUUGAUGGAGAUGAUGAUAUUAUUGAAGUGCUUCAAACAUCCAAUGAUCCAAGACUUUUAUAG